AUGAAAGGACUUGCACGUUCGUUUGUUUACUGGCCAGGAAUCGAUGCGGACAUCGAAAGAACGGUGAAAUCUUGCUGUGAGUGUGCUCGUCAAGCGCACGCUCCACCCAAAUUCAGCGAACAUCACUGGCAGUAUCCCAAAGGCCCCUGGGAGAGGAUACACAUUGAUUAUGCAGGUCCAGUGGCAGGUUCAAUGCUGCUGAUUGUAGUCGAUGCAUACAGUAAAUGGUUGAAGGUCAAGGUCACCGCCUCUACAACAACAGCAGCAACGAUUGGGAUUAUGGACGAGCUAUUUUCCCGUUAUGGAGCGCCAGUCACUGUUGUUUCAGACAACGGUCCGCAAUUUACGGCCGCGGAAUUCAAGGAGUUUCUGCAGAAAAGUGGAGUCAAGUACCACAAGUUGUCGGCCCCCUACCACCCCGCAACGAAUGGUCAGGCCGAACGUUACGUUCAGACGACGAAGGAUGCACUGAAGGCAAUGGGAACCACAGCGUCGACGUUGCAUUCAAACCUGAACGUUUUCUUACAGAAGUAUCGUUUAGCUCCACAUGCAACCACCGGAGAAUCACCGUCCAAAUUGUUCCUUGGGUGA